GACCAAUUUAGGGUUUUAGUGCUUCUUCUACGCAGGCGUCUGUGGUUGCUUACUGGUAGAGACAUAAACCCCAAAACGCAAAAAUGGUGAAGGAACGCCAAGGAGAACGAAUUAGACUCUACGUCGGGGGCACCGUUCUCGGAUACAAAAGGUCUAAGUCGAACCAAUACCCAGGCACCUCCUUGAUUCAGAUCAAUGGAGUGAACACCAAAGAGGAGGUGGCAUGGUACGCUGGAAAGCGCUUGGCGUACAUCUACAAGGCCAAGGUGAAGAAGAAUGGGAGCCACUACCGCUGCAUUUGGGGCAAGGUUUCCAGGCCUCAUGGUAACAGUGGCAUCGUUCGUGCUAAGUUCACUUCCAAUUUGCCACCCAAAUCCAUGGGUGCUCGUGUUAGGGUAUUCAUGUAUCCCAGCAAUAUAUAAGUUGCUCAGGACUUAUAGAUGACAGAGAUUCGUCAUUUGAAGGCUUCUUAGUUUUAUAUGGUUUUUACGAGCCAAUUUAGAUGUAUUGUUUGUUUGAAGGGGAGUCAGUUUUGUUUGUUCGGAUGGCAGAACAUCAUUCAAUAGUCACUAAUUUUAAUGCUUAUCGUCCAACCAUUUCAACUUCGUGUUUGAAUAUUCAUUAAACUGAGUAUGAAGUAAAAGUUUUGAAUGAAGCAGCAUUCUCUCGUUGGCUAUUUUUCU